CCAGGCAACCACCGCUGUGGGGUGAAGAAUGCGCUGAGCUAUCUUCCGGUCCUAGCAAAUCAGGGAUCCCCAAAGAAAACAAGGGGACCAACGCCAGGGUCGCGAGGGUGAGGGACUGGAGGCUGAGUAAUGGGAAAGGAAGAGCUGUUCUAUUCAUUCGAUGACAGGAGAGGCCUCAGAACUGGAUAGAAAGCCACACAAGGUGUCGGGCUUAUAGUCUCAGCUACUUAGGAGGCUAAACCAGGAAGAUAAAAAACAAACAAUAACAGCAACAAAAACCUGGACAGGAACGGGAUACCUAGAUUCAGUUGCUGACCAACCCAACUCCCUUCUCAGCAUUCAGCUUCUCCACGUCGAGGUGGGGGUCAGGGUGGCCAUGGGGUUAAUUGUAGACCUCCUGCUUUCCUGCUCUAGUGCUGUUCCUGGGUGAAUCACAAAAUCUAGCUCAACUUACCAGGAAUCUGAAGCUCAGGAAGGUCUCACAAGUAAAUGCCAGAGCCCAGACUGGAACCCAUCUGGAAGAUUCUCUUGUAGAAAAGGCCAGUUAGACUCUGCCCUGAGACUACAAAAGUACAACUGCAGAACUAAAGACUUUUCUCAUGUACUUAGACAUCUGUGCCUCCAGCUUUGGGUUGGACAGAGAGAUUUGGGGAUGGAGAUUAUUGAGCUCCUUCUUCUGAUACUUCAGUUUCCUGUUCAUUCAUUGCUUCUGGUUUGGGUGAAGACUAUUUUUUCCCAUUAAAGACAUUUCAGGAAGGAUGCAAUGCUAUCUCUGGGCUCUGGUAGCUAACAAGACUCCUGCUUUUGUGUGAUAUCCUCAAUGGAACAACUUGCUAUGGAGUGAUCCUAUGUGGAAGAAUGAAUGGAACAGGCCAUGGAAAGGAAUGAUGUUAUUGACUUCAAAGCUUUGGAGAAAGAGCUGCAGGAUGCGCUCGCUGCUGAUGAGAAGUACAAACGAGAGAAUGCUGCCAAGCUACGGGCAGUGGAACAGAGGGUGCCUUCCUAUGAGGAGUUCAGGAGUAUUGUCCUUGCAUCACAUCUGAAGCCUCUGGAGCGGAAGGACAAGAUGGGAGGAAAGAGAACUGUGCCCUGGAAUUGUCACACUACUCAAGGGCAACCUUCCCAAGAUGUGGCCACCGAAAUCUCCCAGGAGAAAGUCCCCUUCCAGCCUGAGACCUCAGCAGAAUUCUACCGAGAUUGGCGACGACACUUGCAGAGUGGACCAGAGCGCUACCAGGCCCUGCUGCAGCUUGGAGGUCCCAAACUGGGUCACCUCUUCCAGACAGAUGUGGGGUUUGGACUUCUAGGGGAGCUGCUCGUGGUACUGGAUGAUCAUGUGAGGCCAGCUGACAGGAUGACAGUGCUGGGGGUCCUUCGCAGCCUGGCCGGCACGGGACGCUUUACCCUGAACCUGAGCCUCCUGAGCCACGCUGAGCAAGAGAGUUGCCGAGGGUUGUUUCAGAAGCUGCAGGCCAUGGCUACCCCCAGAUCUUUGCAGGAGGGGGGCUGUCCAGACAAACAGGCUGUGGAGGAGCAAGAUGGUGGGCUCCAGGAGGAGGAGGGGCUCCUGCAGGAGCUAUUAGGGCUGUACCAGAUUCACUGAUAGGACUGGCUGCCCUCAGAGUCCCUCUCAGAAGACCACCCUGACCUGCUUUCCUGAUGUUUGACAGUGCUGCCUCCCCGGCUGACGUGAGCGUCAAUGAUCAUCAGAGACAUUUUUUUGGUGGUUGUCUUGGGGUUUCUGCAGGACUAUAAUGAGAAACCCACGUCUACUUCCCUUCUCAGCUUGGAAUUUUCAGAGAAAAAACUUGAAUCAAGUCUCUCUAACUUUUCCAGUCACUGUAUCCAUCUUUUGAACUGUGUGAAUCCACAGGACAGAAAAGGGUCCAGGAGGUUGAAAUCAGUUUUGCUUCCCAUCCUUUUUGAGUCUAACCCACUGGCCAUGAGAGAUGGAUGUGUUUCCAACCAAAUACGGGUGACACCAGGUACAGCCUCCACUCAGAAAAAGAAAAAAGCAAACUUGUUCAUCUUUCAUGUUAAAUAAACAUUGAUAACUCAUAAUUCUUUAA